AUGGCACUGACUGCCUGUUCUGUCAUACAGGUGUCCCAGUCCACCAACUUCCCACUCAGGUACUCAAAAACUGCUGAAGGAAUCUCCUCCAACACCAACUUCGUCUCUAUCAACCUGUUCGGCGCCAACAGCUCUAAGCUGAGUGUCAAGGAUCUCGUGGAGCCAGUCAAAGUUGUGAUCCCACGUGACCCCAAAACCUCUGAACCCAGCUACCUGACCGUGAACCCCAUGAUCCCGUCCUGGGCGACCUUGAUGAACUUUGUGACGAACAUCAACAGGAGCCACUCGUCCUUCCACAUGGACUUCCAGGACAUGGACGGCCGGCAGUUCCUGCUGGUGGUCAAGCUCGGGGGUCUGGCCAGCAUUGGCAACUCUACAGAGUUCGAUAAGUGCGACAUGGUCUUUCUGAUGCCGCCCAACAUGACAGACAAGACGGAUAAGAACCACUUCCGGUUCCAGCUGGACAACACGGUGCUGGGCAACUUCACCGGUAAGCUGGCCAUAGGUAUCCGCGAGCUCAACGACACGGAGUUCGACCUUGACCUCAGCGAGGGCUGCCUGUCGCUGCCUCGCUUUGAGAACGGCACCGACUCGUUCCGGGGCCUGUUCUCCAUGAGACAGUACGUCACGCAGUGCCUAGCCAUCUCAGACGACGAGGACGACUGGUCAGCUAAUGGAUGUGUGGUUGGCAGGGAGACGGACGUGAGUAAGACCGUCUGCUACUGCACUCACCUGACGACCUUUGCCGGGGGCUGGGUGGUGGUGCCCAACACCAUCGACUGGAGCUACGUCUUCGCCCACGCCGACUUCCUCAGCAACCCCACCAUCUACAUCACCAUCAUCCUGACCGGCGUCCUCUACCUGGUUGGUGCCAUCUGGGCCAGGCACAGGGACAAGAAGAUUUCUGAGACGCUUGGCAUCGCCCCACUAGCAGACAAUGACCCCAAGGACCGAUACUUUUAUGAGAUCAUUGUCUCGACCGGCUUUAGGAGAAACGCUGGCACUGAUUCUCAGGUGUGUUUUGUGCUAUCUGGCGAAGACGACGAAAGCGACGCGCGAGUUUUCACCGACAGCAAACGGAAAAUCUUCCGGAGGGGGCAACUGGAUGGGUUCCUCAUGUCUGUUCCCAGACCCCUGGGUUACCUGAACUUCAUGCGCAUCUGGCAUGACAAUUCUGGGCGUGGCAAGUUCGCCUCCUGGUACCUGAACUAUAUCAUCGUGAGGGACGUACAGACUGACGUCAAACAGGUGUUUAUUGCCAACAGGUGGUUCGCUGUGGAGGAGGACGAUGGUCAGAUUGACCGCGUCAUCCCAGCAGCGUCACGUGAACAGCUGGGUGACUUCAGCUACCAGUUUGGUGAGCGGAGCAGGAAAAAUCUGGUCGAUGGACAUCUGUGGUUCUCUGUUGUGGCCCGUCCCCCGCAGUCAAGGUUUACCUGCUUACAGAGAGUGUCCUGCUGUCUGUGUCUGCUGUAUGUCAGCAUGCUGGCCAACGCCAUGUUCUACAGGACAUCGACCUCAGGUACAGGUGAAACAAGCAGCAGCUCUUUUAGCUUUGGGCCCUUCUCCAUCGCACCUGAACAGAUCUUCAUCGGCGUGGUGAGCAACCUAAUCGUCUUCCCCGUCAACUUCCUGCUCAUCUACCUGUUCAGGAAGGCCCGCCCCCACCACAAGCGCCCCUCCCGCAUAGACCUGGCUAUUAAGGAGGUGAUUGAAAACAACAAGCAGGCCUCAAUCAAUGACGUCAAACCAGAGGUCAGCAGUAUCUUCAGCGUGUCCAAGACCCCCACCCUCCCCAAAGACCCCUACGCCACAGACUCCCGACCCCCCACGGGCAUGUCGUACGCCUCCACAGAACAGCUGACCCCGAAGAAGAAAAAGAAGUUCGAGCUGCCCUGGUAUUUCAGCAUCAUCGCCUGGAUCCUGCUGUGGAUUGUCACCCUUGGUUCCGUUGUCAUGGUGAUCUUCUACGGCAUCUCCUUCAAGGACGAGACGUGCCGGAAGUGGAUCACGUCACUCCUGGUCUCCUUCUUCACGUCUGUCUUCAUUACCCAGCCAAUUAAGGUGUUCCUGUUUGCUAUGGUGCUCUCCCUUAUCUUCAAAAACCCCAGCAACGAGGAAGAGGACGAAGACGAUGACGAGGAGCAGCCACAGGUCGACCCCGACAGUGAACUGUUGCACAGCGAUGUGGUUGCAGCGACCAGACCCCGUAAGAUCGGCUACAAACCGCCCGACCCUCAGAUGCUGGAGAGACUGAGAGCCACCAGGAUGAAGGAGAUCCAGAUGUGGGCCAUCAUACGAGAGGUCAUCAUCUACUCGUUCUUCCUGUGGAUCCUGAUGGUCAUCUCCUACCGUCAACUGGGCGCUGGCAACUUCCUGUACAAGAACAACAUGAAGCGGGUCUUUAUUGAGAACCUUGAGUCAGACAUAGAUUUCUAUGGGCUGAAAAACGCUAAAGACUUCUGGGACUGGACCCGCUCUGGACUGGUGAACGGGCUGAGAGCGGGUCCCUACUCUAACGGGUACCCGCCGCUGCUCCUGCGGGCCUACAUCAACGACAAGGUGUCCAGGAUUCUGGGAUACGCCACCAUCCGACAGCUACGUGUUAAAAAAAACCAGUGCAAGGUUCCCGACGCUGUCCGGGGAAUCAUCAGAGAAUGUAACGUCAUGUACGACAUGCUCGACCAGGAGGAAAACUCGUACACCCCAGGGUGGGGGAAGGCGCUGGGUCGGGGGGCAGCUAACACGGCAGAGGAGUAUAUUUACAGGGACUCCUCAGAGCUGAAUGGCUACCCCUACUGGGGGGUGCUGAGCAUGUACUCGGGGGGUGGCUACGUGGCAGCACUGAACGGGUCAAAGUCCGAUCUGGUGGAGACCUUCAACAGACUGGAGGCCGAGAGGUGGAUAGAUAGAUACACCAGGGCUGUCUUUGUGGAGUUCACGGUCUACAACCCUCAGGUGAACCUGUUCGCCAUCAGCACCAUCCUGGCAGAGUUUGACCCGAGUGGCGGCAUCGUCCAGACCUACAGGUUCGAGCCGGCCAUGUUGCUACCCUACAUGUCGUCAGCCAUGUUGUUCCAGCUGGCUUGUGAGGUGAUCUACCUGAUAUUCACCCUGUUUUUCAUCAUCCGCGAGGGGAGGGAACUCUACAAGUCCAGGCUGACCUACUUUACCAGUUUCUGGAACCUGGUGGAGGUCGGCAUCAUCGCCAUGAGCCUCGCCGCCAUCGUCAUCUACUUCUACAGACUUUUUGUCACCAACGACCUUACCUCCUCCUUCAAGUCGACCCAUGGGAACGGUUAUAUCAAGUUCCAAUAUGUCGGCUACUGGAACGAGAUGUUCUCCUAUAUGAUCGGAUUCCUCGUUUUCUUCGCCACACUCAAGUUCCUCAAACUUUUAAGGUUCAACAGGAAGAUCUCCAUGCUGUCCUCCAUCUUGCAGCACAGCGCCAAAGGCCUGCUCCACUUCGGCCUCAUCUUCACCAUCGUCUUCAUGGCCUUCACCCAGCUCUUCUACCUGACCUUCAUGCACAUCGACAUCGGCUACGCCAGCUUCAUCUCCGCUGUCGUCACCACAGUCUUGAUGAUGAUGGGCAAGUUCGACAUCUACUCCAUGAUUAUGACGGAGCCGUACCUGUCUCAGAUCUUUGUCCUCCUGUACGUGAUCGUGGUCAGCUUCAUCAUCGUCAACAUCUUCGUCUCUAUCCUCAACGAGACGUUCUCGGCCGUCAGGGAGGACGUCAGCAAACAGGGGAACGAGUUUGAGAUAGUUGACUUCAUGCUGCAGAGAUUCAAGAAGUGGACGGGGAUUGGUGGAUCUGCCGACCAAUCAGAAGCGUCGCCUGAACAAAAUGGCGAGACCAACGAAACUAAAGGUGAAAAGUCCCGUGACCACAUUGAUGACUUCCCAGACAGGAUCGAGAAGCUGCUUAAGUCAAUCAGUCAUGUCUACAACGAUCAGGAAAACUACGCCAUGUUCUACCAAAAGAAACCAUAUGCUGCCCCACCCCUUCCGUCCAACAGCCCCGCCCCACCCCCGCAGAGCAGCGCCCCUGCCGGUCACGUGUUCAGGAACAACCGGAGCAUAUCCCCUGCCCCACAGGCAAGACGUAGGGACAGCGUGAUAGCCAGGGUCCAGACAGACUAGCAGCGGCUGGCACCACAGGGAUACACUCGCCAAGAUUCCAGAAAACAGAUUGCUACAUGAUGUGUGACAAACCAAACUUCUCUACAAACACACCAGCUACCAGCUUUCAAUAGUGAACUACAACGUGGUGACGUCUAACUACCAACCUCACCAUCUCACUUUCUCUAACUACCAACUGACCAAAUAAUGUCCUUCUAUAACUUAUGUUUGCCCCACACUACCACAUACCCCACACUAACUACCACAUCUCACACACUUACUGCCUCACACUAACUACCCUGUCCCACCCU